AUGAAACUUCCUUGUCAGCUUUUGAUCGAUUUAGUAAAAUUCGAGAAAAAUUAUCUAAAGGAAAUUGAAGAUCUUACUAAAUCAAAAGUAGUAAGAUAUGAUUGGAUUGGACAGAUCAAUGUUAAUGUCUUACGUCGUAUUGAAUAUUUUGAUACUUUCGAUGGAGUGUCUACAACUGAUAUUAAGGAUUUCUUCGAUGUAGAUUUAGUUUCUGCAGCGUGGAUCAUGGAUGCAUUAACUGAACAUGAUGUGGUGAAACGAGAUACAAUGGAAAUGCAUCAAUUAACACUAGAUGAGCAACUAUGGAAGGAAAAAGUUGAAGUUUAUGCGAAUAAAGAAAUUACGGAUGAAACUAAUCUAAUUGUUAAACACGUUGAUAAUUUGAUUAAAAUACGAAAUCUACUAAUACUGAAAAAUGUAACACCAGGAAUUAUUGCUCAUUACUGUGCAUUCAUGGACAAUGACCAACUAUUAACUUUCUUCAAAUUACUCAAGGAUAAAAAUUUACUCGCUCCAUUUUUCUUCACCAAAUUUCGGUUGUAUGGAAAACUCGAUUGUUCAUGUUUACCAUCAUCAAUUGCUAAUGAAAUCGAUGAAUUCUCUAGCGAUCGUUCUGCAUAUUCUUUUGCACUUGAACACGUAUGUAUUGUACUUGAUAAAUCUAUUCAUGAUCCAACAACUCCAAAGAAACUCUUCUUGCAAGAAAAUCCUCAAGAUGAACUUUACGAAGGGCUUCUCAGUUCUGGCAUUGGACAGCAAUCAUAUAUCGCACAAGAAGAUUCCUUGUUCUUAAAUCUUGAUCAGUACAAAUACAAGGAUGAAUUAAUAGCAGUUAUGAAUACUCAUCGAACUAAACUUGAGAUCAGACAGAUUAUCAUAUGGAAUUGUAGUUGGAAGAAGUUUUUAUCACAUUUUUCAAUAAAAUUGAAUUCUCAUUUUUCUUUUCUUUAA